GAAAAGAAGAAAGUUGGGAUUUUUCUUGUUAAAAUCCAUUAAAGUUUGGAUUUUGGGUUGAGAAUUUGAUGAAUGGAGACCAUUGUUAGAGCUUGUAGUGAUGACCUGCAAAGAUAAAGGCGUUAAUCACAAGCCCUAAUCAUCAAGACCUUGUGUUUUUUUUUCCUGCAAAGGUGGCGCCUUUGGGGGUCGGCGCCAGCCCAGAAACCCAGCACUUCGUCCCCUCAUCGCCAUUAAACAAAGAGAGAAGAGAAGCAGGAAAGGCCUGCCAUAUCUUUCUUCUUCUAUCCCGGGAUUUCUUUAAUCUCGCUGCGGAACUGGAAAGAAGCUCAUGUGGGCCUUGUGCGAUUCCUCUAGUUCUUUAUCGCAAGAGAAAGAUGGGUUGUUGGAGAGGAUUUGGGCUGUGAGUUGGAGAUGGAGUACUAUGAGGUUCUCGGUGUUGCAUCGUCGGCGACGGAGGAGGAGAUCCGCCGGGCUUACUAUCUCAAGGCAAGAUUGGUUCAUCCUGAUAAGAAUCCAAAUGAUCCUCAAGCUGCUGAGAAAUUCCAGGAACUUGGUGAAGCUUAUCAAGUCUUGAGUGAUCCUGUGCAAAGAAAGGCUUAUGAUGGAAAUGGUAAAUGCAGUAUAUCCAGGGAUAAUUUGUUGGAUGCUACGGCCGUCUUUACAAUUCUGUUCGGCAGUGAACAAUUUGAGAAUUAUAUAGGACACCUUGCAAUGGCAUCAAUGGCUUCCUCUGAAUUAAUCAGUGAAAAUGACAAUCCUGAGAAACUUCAAGAGAGAUUAAAGGCUGUUCAGAGGGAAAGAGAAGAAAAACUUGCUCAGUUGUUAAGAGACUUUCUUAACCAAUAUGUGCGCGGUGAUAAAGAGGGAUUCAUACGGCAUGCUGAUACUGAAGCAAAGCGUCUUACUGCCACUGCUUUUGGAGUUGAAAUUCUGCAUACAAUUGGGUACAUUUAUGCUAGACAAGCUGCAAAAGAAUUGGGUAAGAAGGUGAUGUAUCUCGGAGUACCAUUUUUGGCCGAGUGGGUGCGCAACAAGGGACAUUUCUGGAAGUCACAAAUCACGGCAGCAAAAGGUGCUUUGCAGUUACUGAGAUUACAAGAAGACCUCUGCCAGCAAUUCAAUGAAGAUGGUUGCAGUACUGAUAAAGAUGCCGAACUGCAUAUGAAGAUGAACCGGGACUUGAUGAUAAACUCAUUAUGGAAACUAAAUGUAGUUGAUAUCGAAGUUACUCUUCUACAUGUUUGCCAAUUGGUAUUGCAUGAAAAUGAUGUCAAGAAGGAUGAACUCAAGGCCAGGGCUCUCGCUCUUAAAAUUCUCGGCAAAACUUUUCAGAGGGAAAAGCAAGAAUCACAAGCUGAGGUGCCGAGGAAAAAUUUAUCAGAAGAUGAUGGUGACAGUUCAGAUGAUAGCUCUGUCGAGGAAAUACCAAGAAUGGUCACAUAUCGGACUCCUUUCAUCACUCAGGGGAUCGGCAGGCUCUUUCGAUGUCUUUGCAAUCCGGCAUACGAUGUGGACGAUGAGCCCUGAACACCACAACAAAUAAUGGCUCCGAACGAAGACUUAUUUCAUUUGUUAUCAACUCAAAAUAAGAGAUGUAUGGAAACUG